GUUGAGUAUAAACUGAAGUGAAUCAGUGAAUGUAUCCCCGCCAGCACUGUUCAUCUUCUACCUCUCCUUUCUCGCCCUUCUCUGAUUUCCCCCCAAUUAUUCCCUUCCCAGCUUCAAGACGCGGCAAGCCCGGCCUCCUUCUAUCCAAGUCUUCUCUGGUCUACAGGCGUCGCCACCCUCUCCUCCUCUCCACCGCCGUCGACAGGGUACUGAACUGGUUAGGAGGGGAGAUCCAUCAUCCGGAUUUGGAUUCAUUUCUGCUUUUGUUGGUGUGAAAUGGAUGAGGCUGUCCCAGCUUUGGCUACUGGUCAAGCAUCAACCGAUGUUGUGACGGACAAGCCAAUAAAUGUGUACAUAUGGGACAUGGAUGAGACACUUAUUUUGCUUAAGUCACUGUUGGAUGGGUCGUAUGCUGGGUCUUUUGAUGGCCUGAAGGACCGUGAUAAAAGUACUGAAAUAGGGAAGCGGUGGGAGAACCUCAUUCUUGAACUAUGUGAUGAACACUUCUUUUAUGAGGAGAUUGAGAAUUACAAUGAACCCUGUCUCGAUGCUUUGAGUGAAUAUGAUGAUGGGAAAGACUUGACCUCAUAUGAAUUUGAGGCUGACUGUUUUAGUUCACCUUAUGAUGAUGUGAACAAAAAGAAGCUUGCUUACAGGCAUCGUGCUAUUGGAGAGAAAUAUGGAAAGGGUUUGGAAAAGAUUCUGGACCAACACAUGGUCAAAGUCUGGGAUGAUCUGUAUAGUUUGACUGACAAAUAUACUGAUGGUUGGCUUUCUUCAGCUCAUAAACUGUUGGGAGAAGCAAUUGGCAAAUCAGCAGCGGCGCCUUCUGCCAACUCGUCAAGCAUUAAUUGCAUAGUUACAUCAGGGUCGUUGAUUCCUAGUCUUGCCAAAUGUUUGCUGUAUCGCCUGGAUGAUGUGGUCUCGUCUGAGAAUGUUUACAGUUCAUGGGAAGCGGGGAAGCUGCAGUGCUUCAAAUGGAUCAAGGAGCGGUUUGAUGGUCCAAAUAUCCGCUUCUGCGCGAUCGGAGAUGGGCCUGAGGAAUGCAGCGCGGCACAGGUCAUGAAAUGGCCAUUCAUCAAGGUUGAGUUCCACCCCGAGGGCCCUCACAGGUUCCCUGGCUUAGACAUGGCGACAAUCCAGAACUACAUGGAUGUCAUAUACGAGUCGUCAAGCAAAGAUGGCUGACCAUCUCCGACCUCAGAUGUUGCUGCCUUUAUCUUGGAGAAUUAGGAGGCUGGUGCGCGAUAAAUAAGAUCAGUCUGACCAGUUCGUCCAUUCCUCAAAUGUUGUCAUACAUUCUGUUCUGUCUGUGCUGCCAUUUUACUCUGGUUCAGGCAAUAAUCUGUUGUUGGUAUC